GCCGGCUCCCUCCCGGACCGAGCCUGUGGUCGGGGGUGCGCGUGUGUUUGUGAGUGUGAGAGGCGGGUGCGCGCGUGUGCGCGCGCGUGGGGGGCAGUGUGCAUGCGGGGAGUACGGGGGAGUGUGUUUGUGUGUGCGCGUGUGGGUGUGAGUGCCUGGCUUCCUCUAGCUGAGACACACACACUCGCACACACCCCGCCAGGCUCGUCUGAACUUGAAGACACCCCACAUUCCAAGAUGCCCGAGGUUCCUGGGAAUGCCCCAGCUUCUUCGAUCCGGAAAAUCCUACCGGCAUCCUCCUAGGGAGGGAUUAUCUUUUUUCUUUUUUUAAUCUGGAAGAGAAGAGAACAAGUUGUGCUUUUCCCCCCUUCUUCUUGCUAAAUACCGUGGAUAUAACUGAAUAAGCGGCUCAGCGCUCUCCCGUGUGGACGUCCGAGGCCACCAUCUGCCUGCGUUCGCCGAGCGGAGGGCUUAGCUCCAGCCGUCUCGGGCAGGGAGGAUGCGCGGCCGAGCCCUGGAGCCCGGGCGCCCCGCGGAGCCGGCGUCGGUGCCUCCCAGCCGGGGGUAGAUGCUGCCUCGCCCAGGCACCACGGCCUGAGUGACCAGACCAUGGAGACCCUGCUUGGUGGCCUGCUGGCGUUUGGCAUGGCGUUUGCCGUGGUCGACGCCUGCCCCAAGUACUGCGUCUGCCAGAACCUGUCUGAGUCACUGGGCACCCUGUGCCCCUCCAAGGGGCUGCUCUUCGUGCCGCCCGACAUCGACCGGCGGACAGUGGAGCUGCGCCUGGGCGGCAACUUCAUCAUCCACAUCAGCCGCCAGGACUUCGCCAACAUGACGGGGCUGGUGGACCUGACCCUGUCCCGGAACACCAUCAGCCACAUCCAGCCCUUCUCCUUCCUGGACCUCGAGAGCCUCCGCUCCCUGCACCUGGACAGCAACCGGCUGCCCAGCCUCGGGGAGGACACCCUCCGGGGCCUGGUCAACCUGCAGCACCUCAUCGUGAACAACAACCAGCUGGGCGGCAUCGCCGACGAGGCCUUCGAGGACUUCCUGCUGACGCUGGAGGACCUGGACCUCUCCUACAACAACCUGCACGGGCUGCCCUGGGACUCCGUGCGCCGCAUGGUCAACCUCCACCAGCUGAGCCUGGACCACAACCUGCUGGACCACAUCGCCGAGGGCACCUUUGCCGACCUGCAGAAACUGGCCCGCCUGGACCUCACCUCCAACCGGCUGCAGAAGCUGCCCCCAGACCCCAUCUUCGCCCGCUCCCAGGCUUCCGCCCUGACCGCCACGCCCUUCGCCCCGCCCCUGUCCUUUAGUUUUGGGGGGAACCCGUUGCACUGCAAUUGCGAGCUUCUUUGGCUGCGGAGGCUCGAGCGGGACGAUGACCUGGAGACCUGCGGCUCCCCGGGGGGCCUCAAGGGCCGCUACUUCUGGCACGUGCGCGAGGAGGAGUUUGUGUGCGAGCCGCCUCUCAUCACCCAGCACACGCACAAGCUGCUGGUUCUGGAGGGCCAGGCGGCCACGCUCAAGUGCAAAGCCAUCGGAGACCCCAGCCCCCUGAUCCACUGGGUGGCCCCCGACGACCGGCUGGUGGGGAACUCCUCAAGGACCGCUGUCUACGACAACGGCACCCUGGACAUCCUCAUCACCACCUCUCAGGACAGCGGCGCCUUCACCUGCAUCGCCGCCAACGCUGCGGGCGAGGCCACGGCCACGGUGGAGGUCUCCAUCGUCCAGCUGCCGCACCUCAGCAACAGCACCAGCCGCACCGCGCCCCCCAAGUCCCGCCUCUCGGACAUCACGGGCUCCAGCAAGACCGGCCGGGCCGGCGGAGGCAGUGGGGGCGGGGAGCCUCCCAAAAGCCCCCCCGAACGGGCUGUGCUUGUGUCGGAUGUGACCACCACCUCGGCGCUGGUCAAGUGGUCGGUCAGCAAGUCGGCGCCCCGGGUGAAGAUGUACCAGCUGCAGUACAACUGCUCCGACGACGAGGUGCUCAUUUACAGGAUGAUCCCAGCCUCCAACAAGGCCUUCGUGGUCAACAACCUGGUGUCGGGGACUGGCUACGACUUAUGCGUGCUGGCCAUGUGGGACGACACGGCCACGACGCUCACCGCCACCAACAUCGUGGGCUGCGCGCAGUUCUUCACCAAGGCCGACUACCCACAGUGCCAGUCGAUGCACAGCCAGAUCCUGGGCGGCACCAUGAUCCUGGUCAUCGGGGGCAUCAUCGUGGCCACGCUGCUGGUCUUCAUCGUCAUCCUCAUGGUGCGCUACAAGGUGUGCAACCACGAGGCGCCGGGCAAGAUGGCCGCGGCGGUGAGCAACGUGUACUCGCAGACCAACGGGGCCGCGCCGCCCCCGGGGCCCGGCACGCCCGCCGCGCCCGGCCCGCCCAAGGUGCUGGUGCGCCGCGAGCGCGCGGACGUGGGCCUGGCGCGCGGCAGCGACUCGUCCUCCUCCAGCUCGCUGGGCAGCGGGGAGGCGGCGGGGCUGGGGCGGGGCCCCUGGAGGCUCCCACCGCCCGCGCCGCGCCCCAAGCCCAACCUGGACCGCCUGAUGGGGGCCUUUGCCUCCCUGGACCUCAAGAGUCAGAGAAAGGAGGAGCUGCUGGACUCCAGGACUCCAGCCGGGAGGGGCUCUGGGACCUCGGCCAGGGGCCACCACUCGGACCGAGAGCCGCUGCUGGGGCCCCCCGCCGCGCGGGCCAAGAGCCUGCUCCCCCUGCCCCUGGAGGGCAAGACCAAACGCAGCCACUCCUUCGACAUGGGGGACUUCGCGGCCGCCGCAGCGGGGGGCGUCGCCCCCGGUGGCUACAGUCCCCCUCGGAGGGUCUCGAACAUCUGGACGAAGCGCAGCCUCUCUGUCAACGGCAUGCUCUUGCCCUUUGAGGAGAGUGACCUGGUGGGGGCCCGGGGGACUUUCGGCAGCUCGGAGUGGGUGAUGGAGAGCACGGUGUAGGCGCGUCCGCGUCCUCCCGGCCCUGCCUGCGUGCGGGGUGGGAGAGGAAGGGGAGGAAUCUUUACUGGCAAGUCUUUGUGGAGUUUCCAUGGUGAUGUUUACAUCCAGGGACAGUUUUGUCUCCCUGUCAGCGGCCUCUUGUUCCCCGCCCCCCAACUCCCACGUCACCUCCCCACCACCCAGCCGGGUUGUGCUCAGGGAACGCGGACUCGCUCAAUGUCGGACUGAGCCCUGAGUGUUUGGAAAGGCCAGACCCGCCUUUCUAACCACAAAUGUAGCCUACAAGCAAGCGGCUUUGGAUUGCU